CGUUUCGCUGUGUGCUUCCGCGGCUGCAGGGUCGUCGGGACCUCGUGGCGGGGCAUCUCUGCGGGCUUGGCCCGCUCCCUCCUCCCUCCGUACCUUCUCACAGUACGCGGCGGGAUCGCGGUGCAGGAAACUGGGGAGAGUAAAGAAUUGAACAUCACUAUGUCUGGAAUCAAGCGAACAAUCAAGGAAUCUGACCCUGAUUAUGAAGAUAUAGCUGUGGCCCUUCCAAAUAAGCGACAGAAAGCAAUUGAGAAUUCAGCUCGGGAUGCUGCUGUCCAGAAGAUUGAGACUAUUAUCAAGGAACAGUUUGCUCUUGAAAUGAAAAAUAAAGAACAUGAAAUUGAAGUCAUUGAUCAGCGAUUGAUUGAAGCAAGAAGGAUGAUGGAUAAACUUCGUGCCUGCAUUGUAGCAAACUACUAUGCUUCUGCAGGUCUUCUAAAAGUUUCUGAGGGAUCAAAGACAUGUGACACAAUGGUUUUUAAUCAUCCUGCUAUCAAGAAGUUUUUGGAAUCACCAUCUAGGUCAUCAUCUCCUACCAAUCAGAGAUCAGAAACACCAUCAGCUAAUCAUUCAGAAAGUGAUUCUCUAUCUCAACACAAUGACUUCCUGUCUGACAAAGAUAAUAACAGCAAUAUGGAUAUGGAUGAAAGACUCUCAAACAACAUGGAGCAGAGACCAAGCCGAAAUACUGGAAGGGACAUUUCCAAUAUUACUGGCUCCCAUAAAACAGAGCAGCGGAAUACUGAUCUCACAGGAGAUGAGACUUCACGCCUUUUUGUGAAGAAAACAAUAGUUGUUGGUAAUGUGUCUAAGUAUAUACCUCCAGAUAAGAGGGAAGAAAAUGACCAAUCAACCCAUAAGUGGAUGGUGUAUGUCCGAGGGUCCCGUAGAGAACCCAGCAUUAACCAUUUUGUCAAGAAAGUUUGGUUCUUUCUUCAUCCUAGCUACAAGCCAAAUGACCUUGUGGAAGUUAGAGAGCCUCCUUUCCACCUGACCAGAAGAGGAUGGGGUGAGUUUCCUGUCAGAGUUCAAGUUCACUUUAAGGACAGCCAGAACAAGCGGAUAGAUAUCAUACAUAAUCUGAAGCUGGAUAGAACUUACACUGGUUUGCAGACCCUCGGAGCAGAGACAGUAGUGGAUGUUGAACUCCAUCGGCAUUCUCUUGGAGAAGACUACAUUUAUCCUCAGUCCUCUGAAUCAGAUAUCUCUGAUGCCCCUCCAUCUUUACCUUUGACCAUUCCAGCCCCCGUAAAAGCUUCUUCACCAAUAAAGCAGUCACUUGAGCCAGUAUCUGAUGCCUCUCUGGAGAAAGGAUUCCUCGCCAAUGCUGAAGCUGAGAGACCUGCUACAUUUUAUUCUUUAUCAUCUUCGUUGGAAAGAACACCCACCAAAGUGACAGCAGCCCAGAAAGUUACCUUUUGUUCUCAUGGCAAUUCUGCUUUCCAGCCAAUAGCAUCAAGCUGCAAAAUUGUGCCACAAAGCCAGGUUCCUAAUCCUGAAUCACCUGGAAAAUCUUUCCAACCCAUCACUAUGAGCUGUAAGAUUGUUUCAGGUUCUCCAAUAUCAACUCCAAGUCCAUCACCACUGCCUCGAACCCCAACCUCCACUCCAGUCCAUGUGAAGCAAGGCACGACCAGCUCUGUUUUAAGUAAUCCUUAUAUUAUCAUGGAUAAGCCUGGACAGGUUAUGGGGGCUUCUGCUACUAAUACUGGAAGUCCUACAAACAAGCUCUCCACGACUUCUCAGGUCCCCCAAGGAACAGCUUCCCCUAUUCCAAAAAUUCAUGGAAGUAGUUUUAUAACAUCUACUGUCAAGCAGGAAGAUUCUUUGUUUGCAUCUAUGCCACCUCUUUGCCCAAUUGGGAGUCACCCUAAGGUUCAGAGCCCCAAACCUAUAACCGGAGGACUUGGAGCUUUUACAAAAGUGAUCAUCAAACAGGAACCUGGGGAAGCCUCUCAUGUGCCCACAACAGGAGCUGUUAGCCAGUCACCUCUCCCUCAGUAUGUGACUGUGAAAGGAGGUCACAUGAUAGCUGUGUCUCCUCAAAAACAGGUUAUAAGUGCUGGAGAAGGAACUACCCAGUCACCGAAGAUUCAGCCUUCCAAGGUUGUUGGGGUGCCAGUUGGGACUACUUUACCAUCAACAGUAAAGCAGGCUGUGGCAAUCAGUGGUAGCCAAAUCCUUGUUGCCAAGGCCAGCUCUUCUGUUGCCAAAGCAGUUGGUCCCAAGCAAGUAGUGACCCAAGGAGUUGCCAAAGCCAUUGUGAGUGGAGGUGGAGGAACCAUCGUUGCUCAGCCAGUGCAGACCUUAACUAAGGCUCAGGUCACUGCCGCUGGUCCUCAGAAGAGUGGAUCCCAGGGCUCAGUGAUGGCAACACUGCAGCUACCAGCCACAAAUUUGGCCAAUUUGGCCAAUUUACCUCCAGGCACUAAACUCUACCUUACCACGAACAGCAAGAAUCCUUCAGGAAAAGGAAAACUGCUGCUGAUUCCUCAAGGAGCCAUCCUGCGUGCUACCAACAAUGCUAACCUCCAGUCGGGUUCAGCUGCCAGCAGCGGUGGCAGUGCAGGAGGAGGAGGUGGAGGCGGCAGUGGUGGCGGAGCAGGAGGAACCCAAAGUACCACCAGCCCUGGAGGAAUCUCCCAGCACCUGACUUACACCUCCUACAUCCUCAAGCAAACUCCCCAGGGGACAUUUUUAGUUGGCCAGCCAUCACCCCAGACAUCUGGAAAACAGAUGACUACUGGGUCAGUGGUCCAAGGUACUCUGGGAGUCAGCACACCUGCACAGGGACAGCAGACUUUGAAAGUCAUCUCUGGACAGAAAACCACUUUGUUUACUCAGGCAGCCCCUGCUGGGCAGGCAUCUCUAAUGAAGAUAUCUGAUAGCACCUUGAAGACAGUCCCAUCAACUUCACAACUCUCAAAGCCUGGAACCACAAUGCUAAGAGUAGCAGGCGGAGUUAUCACUACUGCUACUUCCCCAGCUGUGGCCCUCUCAGCAAAUGGUCCUGCUCAGCAGUCAGAAGGAACAGCCCCUGGUUCAUCGUCUACUAUUGGUUCUGUAAUGAAAACUGUUGGGCAGCCCCAAGUGUGUAUGAGCCAGGCCACCAUGGGAACCUGCAAGACUGCGACCCCCACUGUCGUCAGUGCCACAUCCCUGGUGUCCACACCAAACCCCAUCUCUGGGAAAGCCACAGUAUCAGGAUUGUUAAAGAUUCACUCCAGUCAGUCCAAUCCUCAGCAGGCUGUCCUGACAAUUCCUAGUCAGCUGAAGCCACUCAGCGUAAGCACCUCUGGAGGUGUACAGACUAUACUGAUGCCUGUAAAUAAAGUGGUUCAGUCAUUUUCUACCAGCAAGUCACCUACCAUUGUGCCUGUAACUGCCCCAGCUCCAGCUGUUCCCAGCUCUGCUCCAGCAGCUGUUGCAAAAGUGAAGACUGAACCAGAAACUCCUGGGCCAAGCUGCCUCUCACAGGAGGGUCAGACAGCAGUGAAAACAGAAGAAAGCUCUGAGCUGGGAAGCUAUGUCAUUAAGAUAGACCAUUUGGAGACUAUCCAGCAGCUCUUAACUGCAGUAGUAAAGAAGAUUCCACUUAUCACUGCAAAAAGUGAAGAUGCCAGCUGUUUUUCUGCCAAGUCUGUGGAGCAGUAUUAUGGCUGGAAUAUCGGGAAAAGGAGAGCUGCUGAGUGGCAAAGAGCAAUGACAAUGAGAAAAGUCUUACAAGAAAUACUGGAGAAGAAUCCAAGAUUUCACCACUUGACUCCCCUUAAAACCAAGCACAUUGCUCACUGGUGUCGCUGCCAUGGCUACACCCCGCCAGAUCCUGAGAGCCUGCGGAAUGAUGGGGACUCCAUUGAGGAUGUGCUCACCCAGAUUGACAGCGAGCCAGAGUGCCCAUCAUCUUUCUCCUCUGCCGACAACCUCUGCCGGAAACUGGAGGACCUGCAGCAGUUUCAGAAAAGGGAGCCAGAGAAUGAGGAGGAAGUGGACAUCCUCAGCUUGUCAGAGCCAUUAAAGCCAAACAUCAAAAAAGAGCAGGAAGAGAAACAAGAAGAAGUGAUGUUCUACUUGCCGCCAACUCUAGGAUCUGAAUUUGUUGGUGACAUCACACAGAAGAUUGGAAUCACCCUUCAGCCUGUGGCGCUGCACAGGAACGUGUAUGCAUCAGUGGUGGAGGACAUGAUCUUAAAGGCCACAGAGCAGCUGGUGAGUGACAUCUUGCGACAGGCACUGGCAGUUGGAUACCGGGCAGCAUCUCAAAACAGGAUUCCUAAAGAGAUUACAGUGAGUAAUAUCCACCAGGCCAUUUGCAGAAUUCCUUUUCUGGACUUCCUUACAAACAAACACAUGGGGAUAUUGAAUGAGGAUCCAUGAGCAUGCUCUUCCUAGAAAAGCAAGGUUUGAAGCUUUCUGAAGUUUCUGAACUGUGGUGACUCUUUUGUUUGGAUAAGAUCAUUUUCUGUGGCCACCAAGCCAUGGCCUCUACCCACGUGAAUAACAGCAGUGUCCAGUUGCAGAUGAAACCCUGUAGGACAGAUUCCACUUCUGGGCUGUGGAGGGAAGAGGAGAGAGACAUGCUGUGUCACCUUGCAUUCUUCACUCUGUAGUGGCUCCAGGAGCAGGGCUAGGCCAUGUGUACCAGGCUCUCCCUCCCUCCCUGUGCUAGGGGGUGAGGGCACUAUGGGCUGAAUCCUCAGGAGGUAGAAGUGAGUCUGGCAGGCUAAAGGUAUCACCCCCACCCCCCCCCUUGGUGGGCUGGGGUUAGGAGGAGGGGCUGAGCUCUGUGUAAGCAAAUCGGCCCUCUGCUUCCACCUGGCCUUGAGUGGAGGGGCUGCCCUCUUAGCGCAGGUGAGUCAGCUACAUGGGGAACCACAAGCCUUGGAGGCUCUACACUCCAUACAGGAUUCGUUUUCUUGGGGCGCCCAGGAGUACAACGACGGCAGUAAAGCACCAUCACAGGGUGGCGGCCCCCAGCAGAAGCAAGAAGAGGUUUGAGGCUGCAAGUAGGUAUAGAGAGUGUCUACAACUGCCAGGCUCUGGGGAAAAUCAUAGCAGCAGGGCCCAUGUAUGCUGUGCCUGGGUUUGUGGGCUGGCAGGCCCUUCUGCUGUUGCCUCCAUGUGUAAAGCAGCCCCAGAAAAGCUUGGCCAUCCUUAUUGGUUCUCAGUGGAUCUAGAACCCUGUUCUUCUGCCAAGAACAUUUUCCACAAGAUGAAAAGCAUUUCACAGAAACACUGGUGCGUGCCUUACAGUUGGAGAAGUAACUGCUCAAGCCCAGAGAGGGGACGCCAGUGCUCAGAAAGAAGCCGAGUCCCCCAAGGGGAAAAGGAGCAGGCAAGGGGGAAGUUAGCAGGGCCACUGCAAAGUGUCCAGAUGUGCAGAUGGCCUCCCCAGUCUUCUCAUGGUUUAUAUCAGGAGGACAAAGGAAAGAACUUACUUUUAACUAGGAACUUGAUCAUGUUCUGUGUGAAGAAAACUUGAAACAGUUCAGAAUCAAAGUAUUCAAGCAAUCUAAUUCCGGUUUCAUGGGUCUCACACAUGUCUGUGUCAGGAAAAUAAAGCAGGGAAACGGCUAAAUAAAAAUCUGCCUUCCUAAUUCAGCACCUAAAAGUUACAAAUGUAGAAGAAAUGUAUUUGGUAGCGCCUGGGGUGCUCUUGGCAUGUGUAAAUGUGACUGCUGCACUGGGGUUUGAACUGAGGGCCUUGCACCUACUAGGUUGGUGUGAUACUGCUGGGCCACACCUCCGUCCUCUGGCUUAGUAAAGUUACUGCCUUAGUGAUAUUGAUGUCAGUACAUGAGGUUGAGAUGUUGCAUACAUUAACCUGCCACAAGCAAGGCUGAUACGCAGGUGAGUAGAUGUGGUCAGUGCCAGGACCAAGACCCACAAUGUGGAAGAGCCAAAUGAGAACAGAUUCAUUUAGCGCAGGCAUGAAAACCUAAGAUUACCAUUUUGCUAAAAAAUAACUGAUUUAACAGUAUGUGUAUAACAUGUUAAAUGUAUUUCUACCAUCAUUUGUAACCUAGCUGUGUAAGAGUCUACAAUAAACAUUUUAGUAUUUGUG